UCAGGUACACUAAUGAAUAUUAAAAAAAUUAUUCAAAGAAUGUUGUAAUAAGGAAUCUCUAAGAACCAGCUGCUACAAUUUUUGCUCCAAUCACUUGUAAAUGGUAGUAAUUAAUCUCCAGCUGAUUAAAUCAACAUAUAUUUAAUCGCUCAUUUUAGUAGUUACAUGGCCAAAUUGUAUUUAUCCUCCCAGCACUCCUGUGAGGUAGGGAAGUACUACUGUCCUCAUUGUAUGGGGAACAGAGGCACAUACUGAGCAAGUGACUUGUCCAUAGCCCCACAGGAAAUCUGUGGUGAAGCAGGGAAUCCUAGGUCUCCCAAAUCUCAGCCUAACAACUGGGUCAUCCUUACUCUGCUGCUUUUAACAUCUUAUCUGAUUUGGCUUUAACAAUUGUGUCCUUGUUUCCACAUUUUCCUCAAUUAGAAUACCAUGUUCUGAAACAUUAUCUUUGUUUUUGAGCCAUAUGAUUGCCCUUUGCAAACUGUCCUGCAAAAUAUUUCUCUGGAGUGGUUGCCCACAUUCAAUCACUAGCUGUUGUGGACUGUAUUCUUAUAACAAUAUGAUAUAGCUACUUUGUUGGCCUGCUUGAAAGAAUAACUUCAAUUAUCUUCCACUGUUGCUCUGACUACUUUUCUUUCUACACUCUGGGUGAUUUCAUCCAUGCUCUUGGUGAGUGUUACCUAACCAUUGCUCUCUGCUGCAAACUAAUGUAGUCCUCCAUCCCAACCAGUCUUACAUCUCAGCCUGUCUUACUGAUAUCUUCUCCUAGCUGUUCUACUAAAUCCUCUCACUAAUCUAACUUCUCAUUUUUCCUCCUAGGUUCUCUCUUCCCUUAUCACUGCUGACAAUUUCACUGUCCUCCCUAUCAUUCAUGUUUGCAAGCUGUUUUAUGUACCUUUUUAAACUGGUCCCAUGGUCAGAGUAAGGGGAAGGUUAUAUUGGUUUCUGUUCUUACCCAUCCAUUCAGUUGGGUGGACUUUAAUAUUGGAAUUAUUGUGGGAAAGCUAAUACAAAAAUGAGUAAUACUUUGUUGUAAAAGCAGUGUGGUGAGUUAUCACUUUUUUGGGUGGGAGACUGUCUCUCCAAAACCUCAUUUUGAUUGCCUGGGUGAGCCUUUUGAUGUUACAGCGGUCCAGCAGCUCCUAACAGCGACCAUCCAACUGAGGAACAGCAGCUCCCUCCUUCUACCAUACUCAACUGGUAGAGGUUAAGUCUAGGAACAAGACAAAGCUAAGAGAUUAGGAAAGAGGGGGGAGCUUAAGAGAUUGGUGCCUAUGGUGAGGAGCGUGUGAAUGAAGGGUGAGGGGCUGAAACAGUAACAAAACUUCCACUAUGCCACCUUAUUUCAGAAUAAAUUUAUGGCCUGUGUAGGUCUCUUUAAAUUCACCUGUGAAUGUAAAAAGGAAUUGGUAUCUGUUGACUAUUUCACUACAUUUUAGUAGAGAAGGUGAACCGGUAAAUCAUAAAUAGCUGUUGCAAGGGGAAGGAGCGUAUGUAGUGGACAGCAAAAAGCGAAAGUGACCCUCUGAAUAGAUAAGGGAAGCAUUUAUAUUUUCUACAUUUGAAUAUAUUUAAUGUUCUUUUUUAAUAGUGUAUUAGGAACAAAUUAUUACAAUAAAUACAUAUUUUAAGUGACUUCUUUAAAAAUGUAAAAAGCAGUAACCCCCCUUCUGCAAGGGGUACAGUAUGCCAUCGUACUAGCUUUUAAAACACAUCCUGAAAUCCUCUGUCCUAAUAUUUUCCAGAUGUAAAUGGCACAGUCUCGCUCAAACUGUGCUUACAGCUCUUGCCAACGUUUUGCUCUACCUCUUCCUCCUCACAGCCAGUCUUGCCUCUUCUAUUAAUACUUAAAAAAAAAUCACGCCCCUCCUUUCCAUCAUGGCUCAAACACGCGGAGGGAGUGCUCCGCAGCCCCCCGCCGUGAGUGCUUCCCCCGCCCCUGAGCCCCGCCUCCUGCUCAGCCCCGCCGCUGCGUGUGUGUCUCAUUCAUCGGGAGCCAGCCACGGAGCCCGGCGGUCUCAGCACCGUCGCGCUCUCCCAUGGAGCUGCAGCCUGGGCACGCAGCCGGGACCGACCCGUCCGCGGGGGAUGCUCGGCCCUGCCCGGGGUACCAUCAGCCCUGAGCCGCUGUGAGGAGCAGAGGGGGUCACCGGGCACCACCAUGUCCCUGCCGCCCAUCCUGCCUCCUCCUGCCCCGGCCGCUCUCCCCGCCGCCCCCCGAGCGCAGCCCCGGAGGCCGGCGGCCCCCAGGAAGGCAGCGCCGCCGCCGGCCGCCGAGGAGAAGCCGCUGAGGAAGCCGCGGGGGGCGCCCCCGGAGCGGGCCGGUCCCUUCCCCAGCUCCUGGCCUUGCGCCUCCCUGCAGAGGCAGCAACCGCGGAGGCCGGCCCCGGCCCCGCCCCAGCCCCGCGGCCGCUCCUGCGAGAGCCUGUGCGCGGAGGCGGGGGCUGGAGAGGCCGCUCUGCGCUUCUCGCUCAGCCUCCCCCCCGAAGCGGCCCUGGUGCUGCAGCGCCGCAGCCUGGAGAAGCAGCGGGGGCGGCCGAGCCCCUCCGCCGGCCCCGAGCGCCUCCUGCCGGGCUCCCGGAGCAAGGCGGCCCCGGCGGCGGCGGCGGGGGGCUCGGCGCGGAGGGGGGCCCGGGCCGGGCCGGGUUCGGGCCCGGGGGACUUGCGCGCCCUGCUGAAGAUCUCGCUGCUGAACGAGCGGCACCGCUACGACGACGUGGAGUACGAGGAGGAGGCGGCGCCGGGGGCCGCGGCGGACGAGGGGCUGGUGCGCAAGUGCACCGAGUGGCUGCGCGGGGUGGAGAGCGCGGCCGGCCGGGACCGGGCCGACAAGCUGGAGACCCUGCCCCACCUGGGGGCGCUCUGAGGCUUGGGGGGAGUGCCCUGCCCGCCCCGCCAAACACCCCCUGUCCCGCCGCACGCCCCCGGGGAGCGCUCAGCCCCCGCCCCUCCUCGCAGCAAUAGCCGGGGGGCUCCCCGUGUGAUGUGCCGGGGAGCGGGGUUCUUCUUCGCUCAUCAUGAACCCCCCCGGGAAGCUGGACAGCACCGUGUCCUGCUCCGAAGCCACCUGACGUCUUCGUCUCCCCAGACUCAGAGCCACGGAAAGCGGAGUUUUAGUGCCAGGUUUAACCGCCCGCCCUGCUGCUAUCCCCGCCUGAGGAAACUGACUUGCGCUUUGAUCCGCUGGAGGCUGGCGGCCGUUCCAGGCGCUACAUAAAUGGGGGGGAAAUGUAUUUAUAGCUACUGUGUCCUGUGCAUUUUCAUUCACAUCUUGUGGGGAGAGAAAAAAGGGGGCUGACUAAUCAGUGUUGGAUAGAUGCUUCUGAUCCGGCUGGGCUGCUGGAUGCUUUUUAUCUGAAAUCAGGAGUUUCUAAUGGAUGAUGGACAGGACGGGGAGGUUAAAAUGUGCACGUUGGGGGUGUUUGAAUGUGAUCAAAUGUGAGCAGAAACCAAGACAAACGUUCUCGGCUAGUUAACUUACUGUAAGGCAACAGGUGCUUCAUCUGCUGUAUUUACUUCAGUGUGUGUUGUAGCAAAAGCUGACUCCUGACAUUUGCAGGAAUUGUUUAUGAUCUCUGGGUCUGGGUAGGGAGAGGAAGGUGGGAGAAACUUGUUUAAACUGUGGAGCCUUUAUCAGAAAUUAUCACAAAAGUGUCUUUGUGUUAAACAACAAAAGGCAGUCAAGCAAAAAAGGAAAACAAAACCUCUGUGCAAUACAGGGCCUCAAGACAAAGUGUUCAGUUACUGAAGGAUAAAUGUAUUGAUUUCCUUUUGAAAAGAAACUACUUUGUAAAUAGAGGAAGGGUACACUGAUUUUGUCUAUUUGUACAUAAAGGAACAUUUUUAUUUAUUUGAAUAAACGAUUAAAGCCUUUUGUGUUGCAACAGCAGCACCUUUGUAACUGUGAA